AUGAAAUCCGUCGUGAUAUUUUUGACGUUCGUUUGUACCACUGCUCUGGCUGGAACUUGGACGAGCUGGGGAGCAUGGGCUGAUGUGUGCACGGUACGUCUCUAGUACCAGCAAAAUAGAUAUAGAAUACUUUCAGAAUUGCCCAGGAUCCACUUAUCGUGGACGCACCCGCGUUUGUGUCAUCGGGGCGGAUAUGAGUGGAUGCAGUGGAUCGCGUACUGAAAAAACAGUAUGCAACUGUCCAUUGGACUCAGUAUGGGGAGAAUGGGAGGACUGGACUGUUUGCGAUAAGGACUGCGGUUACUGUGGCACACAGACUCGCACCAGAGAAUGUGAGGUCAUUGAUGGAUGCCCUGCAGCCAAUUGCACGUGAGUUGAAGCCAACGUUUCAGUCUGCUUUGGGAAAUUUGCCUUUUUCAAUUUAUUUUAACAGAGGUGACAACAGUGAAUCGAGAGCAUGCAGUACUACCGACGGAGUCUGUCUCGCUCCAAGCGUUUCGUGCUGCGCAGGAUACAAGAAGAAGGUCGACAUUCCAUCCAAACGUUUCUAUUGUGGUCUCUAA